CUUUCCAAAGGGGUGGAGUCAAAAUUUGAUCUUAACCAAUCACAAACCAUAUAAAUCGUCACCAAUUGGAAACGUGUUUAGUUGACGUAGCUGAGCAAAGCUGCAACCAUGAAAAUUAAGGCUGAGCUUCUAGAUUGAAAGUCGGGGAGAGGACGGCGCCUUCAACUUUGACCUUGCACGGUCUUCUUUCUUUUAUGGCUUCAAAUGGAGAGUUUUCAAAGUCAUAAUAUAACAACCCUAAUCCAUUAAUCUUGUUGCCAUUAUAAUCCCUUUACGACCAUUUACUACUAUUCUAAUGCAGAGUAUUCUGUCUAAAAGGCAUUGUUGUACGGUUGACCUAGAAUCAUUGGAAAGUUUGCAGAGAUCAAGGAGGUGGAGACCUCCUGCACCGUAGAUGUAGGUUUUAUUAACUGAACUGCUUAAAUAUGUCUUGUUUUGUAUGCAUGAUUUUAACUUUCAAUUUCUUUAGAACAAAUUCAUGAACAUUUAGGAAAACUUGAGAGUCUAUAACAUGAAAGAUAAACAAUGUUAUACAUGAAGAAUUUGACUGGACUGACCAGAUAUAAUUGGACUAAUUCAUCUUCCAUGGUAGAUUGCUUAAUAACAAUUAAAAUAUAUGUAUGUUUUCUUGAAUCUUUCCCUUGUCCACAAGAACCUCCACUCCACAUGCUCCAUAUGUCAUUUCAUGGGUGAGCCGUCAUCAUCUCCAACAUUAAACUAUUUGAAUCACCAGACAUAUUUUCAUCCAUUUUCAAAUGAAUUAAAGCUUGAUUCUUCAUGUAUAAAUGACACCACGAGUCCUCUUAGCAGAUCUAGUUUGAACUUUGAAGUUUAUCCUCUCAUCACCACGGUUUCUGCAUUGUAGUAGUGAGCCAUAGCUCCAUCAAUAUUGGAAAGUGAAAACUGUGGAGCAAAGUAUUAUGAAUCGUGAUCUGGAACUGGAAGCCAGUUUCUCUUUCAGCGGUCAAGAUUUUAGCCGAGCUGUCACCGUCGUCUCGGAUGAUGUUGAGGAGGAGGAGGUUAAUGAUGACCAGUACAUCGAGAUAGCUCUUGAGCGACAUGUGAAUGGACAUCAUCUUGAUGAUGGGACGUCACUGGAGUUUCGUAUAUCGUUUUCAUCUUCGGUUCCUUUUCUGCAACUCCACAACUGCGGUUUGGAAUUGAAUCGUGCCAAUACUGUGGAAAGUAUAGGAACUGAGUUUUCCGACGCUGUUACGACACCUUUAUCAACGUCGUCGUCGACAUCCGCCUCCGCUUUGAGCUCUUCUUCCAAUGACACGCGAUGCAGGACGAGAGAAACUGCUGCAAAAGCUCAAAAGACUGUUAGAAGGAGGGUGGUGCAGUUCCGGUCAUUCAACCGCCUACGGAAUUCAUUGCUGGCUAAUCCGGCCGCUUCAUCGGAGACAGUCAGCAAGAAAAACGCUACUCCUGAACGUGAAAGCUGCAGUAAUAACCGCGAGUUCAUACGGAGCAGCAGGAAAGACAUGAAGAUUACCGAGACAACAACGAUGAAUGAUGGGAUCGUGAUGAACUUUCUGACCAAGUGUCGAUCCAUUAAUAUCAGAACAAUCUUGACAUCAUUCAUGAAGCCAUACCAGUUCUUGUACUCCUCUCCUCAUCAUCAAGCUAGCAGCAAACAGACGAAGAAGAUUAAGAGAUCAUCCACAGAGAAAAACGAUCAUAGUAAUAAUAAUCUUCGAGCGAUUACAAGUUCGAACUUGAAGGAGUCAUUUGGGAAAUGGUUAGUCCGAAAAGAGAAGCCAGCAAAGAACGACGGCGACAGAACGAAAGAACUGGAUGUAAAUGUGAGUGCGAUUAGAGGAAUUUUAGAGGCGGCAAUGAGCCCGAGCCUUGGCUGCAGAGUUCGAAGAACGAAGAACUCACGGCCAAAUGCAACAAGAUCCUCCGUACAAGAAGGCUUUACUAUUGAGAAUAACUCCAUUCAAGCCGCCAUUGCUCACUGUAAGAGAUCAUUUGGACAAAUUAACAUCUGAGUUUUGUUUUAAUUGAAUCAUAAGGAGUACAUUAUUUUGUGUUGACAAUCCAGUUUCUUGGUGAUUAUCUUGAAAAAUUAUAUCCAUUUUCAAGGUUUUCUU